AUGGAUUUAGAAAUAUUAAAACCUUUACGUGAUUUUCUUGCAAAACUGAAAGAAGAAGGAAUUGUAGAAAGAUUAAUAGCUUUUCAUUACGAGUUCGUGGAAAAUGAAGAUGGAACACAUGACUGUCAAUUCAUAAUAUUUUCACCAUUCAAUGAAUUAGCUGAAAAGAAAGAAAAUCCAUUACGUAUAAAAUUUCAAAUCUCUGAACCAAGUGAUGAUUUCAAAAGUGUAUUCAAUUAUGAUGCAAUGCUUCCGAGGAAAAAUGAUUAUUCAGAAAUUAGAUUUCCAGGUAUUUGGGAUAGAAAGCAAGCAAUACUUUACUCUAAUAUAGCCAAAGGCGUUGAAAAUGAGUUCAUUGGUCAUACAAGAAAUUCACCACUGCCAAAUCCUAAAUAUUACAAGCUUACUGGCUUCAAUCGUGAGUUUUGGAUAGACAUGUACUCCACUCAUGACCAUAAAGCACCUGUUUUGCUACCUCCAGAUGGGAAAGAUUGUUUAUACAUUGAAGCACAAUUGUUAAACUCUACAAUAGCUGUAUUGUAA